ACUAGAUCCGGGGGACAGUCGUAAACCUGAGUGAAAGACUGGUAUUACUACAAACGUGCUGAAGUCCACGCAUUCAAUUGACUCAAGCAGUAAUUAAAAAUCUUGCGUCAGCCUACAUCUUGCUAAACUAGAGGGGUUUACUUAAAAGCUUGUUUUUCCGGUCGCACAGCCAAAUGAAACUCCUGAGUGGACUUCGCUUAUUUCAUUUGUUUUCUGGAGCUUGCGGUCAGGUUGCUUGAAUUAUGAUUGACAAGAAUGAUUUCGGGCCCGCGACGAGGAGUCGCAGGCGCGCGACCAUCACGAGCGCAAAAAGCGAGACUGUGAAACCCAGAAACGGCGCGACAUUUGGAGUCAGCGCUCACAAAAGCGGCUCCAAGACGCAAGAGUGUCUAACGAAAAACUUACAACUGAGAGAAGACAGCAAACGAAAAUGCGAUCUUUACGACAAAAUGAGCAGUUGCCACAAGUUGCAGGAGUCAAUGCUCAGCUCUGCCAGCAGCUUCAAAAAUUACAGGGGCAUUCUGAACUGGUGUGUUGUAAUGCUGGUUUUGAGCAAUGCACGCCUGUUCUUGGAAAACCUUCUCAGGUAUGGCAUUUUAGUCGACCCCAUUCAAGUGGUGUCAUUGUUCCUCAAGGACCCUUAUAGCUGGCCUGCUGCAUGUCUGGUAAUCGUUUCGAAUGUAUUCAUACUUGUGGCAAUGUACACAGAGAGGAAACUUGCCAUGGGGUCAAUCAGUGAGAAGGUUGGACUGCUGAUUUACAUCAUAAAUCUAACAGUCAUCUUGUGUUUUCCAAUGGUUGUUGUGCUUAAGCUGCCAUCUAUUACUCCAGUUGGUGGUGCAUUUGCUUUAGGAAUCUACACCAUCCUGUUUUUGAAACUGUACUCAUACAAAGACGUUAACAAGUGGUGCAGAGAGAGAAUGCAAGCAAAGGCUCGUAGCAUGUCCAGAUCCCUUUCAUGUCCUUCGGCUCCAUCUUCGUCCAGCAGUAUUCAAUCUUAUGUGUCAUACCCGGGGAAUCUCUCACUCAGGGAUAUUUUUUAUUUUGUUUUUGCCCCAACCCUGUGCUAUGAGCUUAAUUUCCCCCGCUCUGAAUCCAUACGAAUGGGAUUCCUGCUCAGGAGACUCUUUGAGAUGUUUCUCCUCACUCAGUUACUGGUUGGUUUAACACAGCAGUGGAUGGUGCCAAUCAUUCGAAGUUCAAUGAAGCCAUUGCAGGAAAUGGACUACACCAGAAUGACUGAGCGUCUUCUUAGACUGGCUGUGCCCAACCAUCUUCUCUGGUUAAUUUUUUUCUACUCGUUUUUCCACUCAUCAAUGAACUUUGUAGCUGAGCUUUUGAGGUUUGGAGAUCGUGAAUUCUAUCGGGACUGGUGGAACUCAGAGACUAUAACAUACUUCUGGCAAAACUGGAAUAUUCCCGUACACAAAUGGUGUCUCCGACACUUUUACAAGCCUUUGCUGAGAAGAGGUGCUGGCAAGUUACUGAGCCAAUCAGCUGUAUUUUUCUUCUCUGCGUUUUUUCACGAGUACCUGGUCAGUGUUCCACUCAGGAUGUUCAGACUGUGGGCAUUUAUGGGCAUGAUGGCUCAGCUCCCACUGGCAUGGUUUGUGGCCAGGUUUCUUCGCGGUAACUAUGGAAACGCUGCUGUAUGGCUUUCGCUCAUUAUUGGCCAGCCUAUCGCAGUUCUGAUGUAUGUUCAUGACUACUAUGUCACCCACUACCAGGAAGACCCUACAGUAACUGAAGCACUGUAACCACACUGUAAACCUCAGAAAUUGAGUUAGCUUGAGUGAUUUGUGGAAAAGAUUUGCCUAGACUGAAGCUGAGCAGCUAAACUUCUAGAUUUUUGAAUAGUCCAGGCAGUCAGGUUUCCAUAAAAUAUCUAAAUAAACUUACAGUUAAAAACUAUGUGUAAACCUUUAUGGAUAAUUACAACACUCUAAAUUCAUCUCGCCAAGAUUUCUGGAACUGCUAAUAGGUGGGAUAGAAAUGCAUAAGAGCAUGGACCCUUUUCACACUUCUUGGUUUUGGAACAUGUAAGUAAACUAUUGCCGGUUAAACUAUAAUAAUGGUGAAUGGGAGACCACAGCAAAUAUAAUUUUUGCUUACCCAUUUGCACCAACAUCACAAGAAAAACAUUUCCACAACUUUCAAAAUGAAAUAUAUAAAUAAAUAAAAUAAAAUAGAUAGUGGUGGAUUACAUCAAACAGAAGAGAAAAAAUGGCAAAAUUACUUUCACACACUUAGCAGGUGUAUUAGAAUCCUCAUCACAUCUGUGGUAACUUGUUUUUUGUAUUAAUUUCAUGGUAAUGUAAUACAAAGUAUAAUCUUUCAAAUUUACACUAAAUAAUCUAAAAUGUGCACAAAUAAAAAGUUUGCUUGAUUUACACUGCUAAAUAAGGCAGAAAUAUGUCAUGACAGUCUGUGAAAAGGGUCCAUAUGUUGGAUAGAAAUGAACAAGAGUCUUUAAAGAUUCAGAAUGUGACUCUACAAGUCUGUGGUGCCAAGUGCUCACUUUAAAUUUCACUAGCUAAAACCCCUUGUUUUUUGAGAAUGCAUUACUGGCUUUCAGAGCACUAGUAGGACCACCAGUCCAGGUGACUUUUCCAUAUACUUAGGCCAGUGUUCUCUCACUGCUAGCAUUUUUAACCUCAAACAUACCGUUAUUAUAUUGUGAAAUGUUUUUAAAAUACCAUAAGUUGAAUGCUCUUUAUUAUUGUACAGAUGUGUCUAAAUGCCAAUUCAUAAAUCUACACUAUAUGUAACACUGAUAUCCAAGGGUAAUAUGUACAGACAGAAAUGUGUAAUCUUAAAAGAGUAUAUAUUUUAAAGCAAUAUGCAGUGCAACACUUUGUUGAUGUGUGACUCUUUAUAUUUUUGCAUUGGGAUUUGAGAGUGCUAAAAUGUUUGUUAAAGUGUUCACCAAAAAAGAAAAUUCUCUCAUCAUUUACUCACCCUCAUGCCAUCCCAAAUGUGUAUGACUUUCUUUCUUCUGCAGAACACAAACAUGAUGUUUAGAAGAAUAUCUCAGCUCUUUGGUCUAUACAGUGUAAGUGAAUGGGUGCCAACAUUUUGAAGCGCCAAAAUCCAAAGGGCAAAAUAAAAGUACUCCACGUGACUCCAGUAGUUUAAUGCAAAUCUUUUGAAGCAAUAUUAUAUGUGUGGGUGAGAAACAUAUCAAUAUUCCCUUCACUUUCACAUUCUCCUUCUGUUUUUGGUGAUUCACAUUCUUUGUGCAUAUCACCCCCUACUGGGCAGGAAGGAGAUUUUAUGACAAAAAAUGACUUAAAUAUUUAUCUGUUUCUCACCCACACCUACUGUAUCAUAUCGUGUCUGAACACAUGGAUUUAACAUCUGGAGUCAUAUGGAUAAUUUUUAUGCUCCCUUUAUGUUUAAUGUGGAGCUUCAAAAUGUUGGCACCCAUUCACUUGCAUUGUAUGGACCUACAGAACUGAAAUAUUUUUCUAAAACUUUUAUUUGUGUUCUGCAGAAGAAAGAAAGUCAUACACAUCUGGAAUGCCAGGAGGGUGAGGAAAUCAUUAGAUAAUUAAUUUUUUUUUUUUUUGUAAACUAUCCCUUUAAAUAAAAAAUAUGUGUUACAUGCCUAUAGAUUGUCUAUGCAAAUAUUAUUUGUUAUAAUUAUUUUAAAUUGCAUUUCUAUGUAUUUAAACACAUUAAUUAUUUUUUGUGAGAUGCCAUCUGUGUAGAGCAAACCACCGUUAUGGUAUUGUGAAACCCCUCUCAUCAAAAGUGUGCCACCUUUUGGUGGCUCUUGAGAUUAAACACCCUGUAAAUGAUGCUAUUGCACAAUUAUUUGUUUUUGUGGAGACAUUUAUCAACU